AUGAGCUCCUUCAGGAAUAUUGCAAUUGCUGGUGCAACUGGCUAUCUCGGGCCAGCGGUCGUCAAAGCCGUUAAAGAAGCUGGGUUCAACGUCACGGUUCUCUUACGGGAAUCUAAUUCAUCCAAAAUUGCGUUUGACGGCGUCAAAAUUGCGAGAAUCGAUUACAAAUCAACUGACUCCCUGUUGGAUGCUCUCAAAGGACAGGACGCUGUUGUAUCGGCCAUGAACCACUUGUACUAUGAUGAACAAAAGGCGCUUGUUGGAGCCGCAACCAUAGCUGGUGUCAAGAGAUUUCUUCCUUCUGAUUACGGCCUUGACGUGAGCAUCCCGUCAGUUCGAGCCGUUCCUUACCUGCGUGAGAAAGGUCUUAUCCAGGACCUGCUGAAAGAAUCGCGCAUGACGUAUAGAGUCUUAUAUACUGGACCGUUCCUCGAAUGGGGCCUUGAUUACUUCUUUGUGGAGUGGAAAACCGCCACAGCUAAUGUAUGGAACGGGGGCGAUAUUUCUGUCGGCAUCACCACUCUGGCAGACACUGGUCGGGCUGUCUCCAACGUCCUGCUAAAUCCCAAAGAGACGAAAGCAAAGACCUUUACGCAACCACCGGCAUGGCAACCCAGAAUGAAAUCCUAUCCGCUGUACAGGAAAGUCGCCCUGACUUGA